GCCUCCUGGUGUGCUCCUCACCAUUCACCAUCGCCAUCAGUGGCGGUCGGUGUCGCGUGCGGUAGUGCGGCGUGUGCGCAAGCAUCGCGGACACGCAUACGAUAUAAAAAUCAGAUUUGAAAAAUGCGCGCGCAUUUGAAUUGAUUUGAAUCUGGAGCUGGUUUUACACGCGUUCAUCAUACUUGUAAUAAGAAUGCUCAUUUCACAUAAUUUGCAGGCUAGAUAAUAAAAGUCAAUUGCAGGAUUAUGAAAAAUAUGUGGAGACUGGGUCUUCUUGCCAGAGGAUGUCGACAUUGCACCACUUUAUUAAGAAUAACAUCACAACAUUCGAUAAGUCUUGUCAGAAGUUGUAUAUCAAAUGUCAAUAUAAGAUACGGUAAGAACACUCGUCGACGAUGGCUAGUGAUUGUCCCUGGAAUUGGAUUAUCGUUACUUGCCGCAACACAAUGGGAUUAUUUACACAAACAUGGGUAUUCUAUCGACAUACAUGAUAGGCCAGAAUUAUUAAACGAUGUUAUGGUUACAUGUUACUGCUGUCUGCCAUUGAGAACAACGAGUAGGAUAUGGGGUUGGUUGACAAGUAUCGAGUUGCCAGUUGCUUUAAGACCAACGCUCUAUGGAUUUUAUGCAAACAUGUUUCAUGCUGAUUUAGAUGAGAUAGAAUUAGAUUUGUCUGCAUUUCCAAAUCUAGUGGAAUUUUUUGUGAGGUCUCUUAAACACAAUGCAAGACCAAUUGCUGCGAAUACAAACAUGAUUUCACCCGCAGAUGGUAAAGUUCUUUAUUUUGGACCAGUAACUUCUUGCCGUGUGGAGCAAGUGAAGGGAGUAACGUAUGACCUCAGACAGUUUUUAGGUGAUUUGAACAAUUCCACAUCGAACAGAAUCGCGGACGAUUAUGUUAAUUCACUUUUGAAGAAUCCAGACAACAGAUUGUAUCAAUUAAUUAUUUACUUGGCACCUGGUGAUUAUCAUCGAUUUCACAGUGCCACUGAUUGGAAUAUAAAACUUCGACGGCAUUUUCCAGGAAAAUUAUUGAGCGUUAAUCCGAAGGUGCUAAAGUUUAUGCCAAAUCUAUUCUCGCUGAACGAGCGCGUCGUGUAUAUCGGGGAAUGGACCGACGGCUUUAUGGCCUAUACGGCUAUUGGCGCGACUAAUGUGGGCUCCAUAAGAGUUUAUUGCGACAGAAAUUUGGCAACCAAUAGAGUGCAAUGGCCGGAAAUUGCGCAUCCGAAGGAGGCGAGCUUAGAUUAUGUGCGUAUAGAUAAAGGCGAACUGUUUGGCGAAUUUAGACUCGGAUCCACAAUCGUGCUUCUGUUUGAGGCACCGCGAGACUUUCGAUUCUGCUUGCAAGUCGGCCAGACCAUUAAAGUCGGUCAAGCGUUGAGCACACAUUUUAACGAUGAGCUCGAGAAAAGACAAAUCGAACGACGACACUUAAUUAUGGAUAUCGCCCAGGAUUGGAGACAUUUAUGGAAACCUAAAAUUUAGAUAGCAGAUAAAGUAGGAGCCGAUUUUAAUUCUACAGGGAAGUUAAAUACGUACCUGUGCGUCGUACACUCGCAUUUUUUCGCAUGAAGCCGUAGGCGCUUGUAGGUGAAAGAAAGAAAAAUUUAAUGAAAAAUCUAGAAACUUGGAGUCUUUCGGAGUCUCUCGGAGUAAGUAUCGAUCUUGUAAUUACUUUUGUACAUAGCCACGUUCGUGCACGGAAAAUAAUUAUAUCUCACACGAUUUAUCUAAAAUCACACGUAAAUUAUAUCUUAUGCGAGAUUACACUCGUUCGUUAUUUUAAUUGCGCAAACAUCACGCGAAAAACGUGAUUUAUAAUAGGUUUGACACAAUUAUUUGUACCUAUAUUGUAUAUACAUGUUUCAUAAAACCAGUAUAGAUACACGUUAAUUACGUAACGUGUUGUAAUUAUAAUAAUUAUAAUUGAAAACCAUACGAAACUGCUCUGGACGCAUGAAAAUAAAUUUUUCUAUCCUCUGUGCGUCAUUACUAAUAGAGGUUGGAUAGUAAACUUGUUUUACUUGCAUGCCAAAUCGAUCUUUGUUCGCAGUUAAGUGUACCGGUCAAGGUCAUUAGAUGAAACACUCAAUUAAAACUCUAGUUCCUUUUUUUUAAAACAGAAAAUAAUAAAUGCACGUCGUAAGUCUACGAGCGCACGAAACGUCGAUUUGGCUGAUCCUUGUUAUGCGAGAGCAUUUUUACCAUUUAUAUUAAUGUUAUUUCUAAAAAAUUUAUAUAUUAUAAAUCAAAGUAUCGUUUGG